AUGUCGAAUUCCGAGUCAAAGGGUGAAGUGCCAGCCAUAGCAAUCGAUGACUCUACGAUUGAACAACAAGAGAAUCAAACCAGACGAUCAUUGACCAUACCUACCAAUCCUCGUAAGAGCUAUGGUGAGCAACAGCUAUCCCCUUCUAUACCAGUUCCCCAGCAGCAGCAGCAGCAGCAGCAACCAAAUACGUACAUGAAUCAAGCAUACUUUUACAAUUUUGGACAUUUGGCCAAUCAAAAUCCCUACUUUUUCAUGCAACCGAAUCAUAAUGAACAGCAACAACAGCAGAACAUCCAAUCUCAGUCUUCGAUGCUACAACAAGCUUUGAAUAAUAAUGUUGAGAAUAAUUUGAGCCACUCCAAUCUGCAUACAGAGACAAGUAAUGAGAAUAUAACGCAAACAUUUCAUACACCUACAGGAAGUAUUCCUCACUCAACAAACACUAGUAUGGAAUCAUUUCAAGCAGCAGUUAGCUCAACAGUCGGUAAUCAACCGCCUUCGUUCUGGAGCGGUAUAAAUAAUUUUUUAUCCAAUGUCACCCAUACAAACCUCUUUCCCACCAUUCCCAAUAUUGCACGCAGCUUUUCGGAAUACCUUUCCAGCCAUCCAGUACCAUUCCUAAGUUCUUUUAAUUCAGCUACGGAUCCACCCACGACUGCAUCGUCACCUAUACCUACAGCUUCUAUGGAUUUUGAGGCAAUAAGUCAAUUCAAGCAAGAACAUCUUCAAAAGACUGAUACAGGCCUACAGAUUAGAGUUUUAGGUGUUCCUCAGACUGGCGCUAAGUCUAGAGUAGAAACCCAAAUUAAGCUAUGUAUUCAGUUAGUUACAGACGGAGGAGAUAAGGCUCAAUGGUGGACUCAUUUAAGAUUACCGGAACAUAUGAUAACGAAGGAUAAAGCAAAGCAAUUAAGUGAUGGGAGUCUGAGCUUGACAGGAUCUGACAAUGUUGUUUGCCCAGAAAAGACACUGAAGCUACAGGCCAGAGUUUUAUGUGCGAGUGAUCCCAGUAAGAAAGUUACUCCUUGUAUAGGAUGUAUACAACGAGAGCGUAAAAGGUCUCAGAAAAGAAAAGAAAACAAACAACAGCAGCAGCAGCAACGGCAACAGCAAGGUGUCGAGGAUACAGAGGAUGAGAAGGCAGAAGACGAACACCAAGCAGAUGAGGAUAGAAUCCUACUAUUCAAUUGCCCAGAAUUAAUUGAUUUCAGUGCAGGAGAUACGAUUUUACCUACACGAAUAACAUGCUAUUGUAGACAUCACAAUGAACGUUUAGGGUUUUGCAUAUCUUUUGAGAUGGUGGAUCAUACAGGUAAAAAAGUAGCUGAGGGUUUCUCACCACCCAUCAUGAUUACAGAUGAUCAUAAAUCUAAUAAAACCAAAAGUGGAUUGAAGCGACGUCGAACAGAAGCAGAGGGCUUGCCUGAACCAAGAUUACCAACCUUGAAUUGGAUUAAAUCUUCUUUACCAUUUGUUGGUAAUAAACCGACUGAUUCUGAUCAAAUAUACCCGAAUGAUAUAACAUCUUCACAACCACCACAACACCAACAACGGCAGCACCAACAGCCUCCGAACACAGCUGAGGCCACCACAUCUUCUACUUCUUAUUAUACGCCAGCUAUGCCAAAUAUGGAUACCAUGAAAUCGAUGCUAACAUCUAUGUUCUUUUCAACUUUACCUCAAACUCCUCAAACACAGCAACAACAGCAAAUAUCUCCGCAGCAACCACAUCAGUAUAUACAGUCUUUACAUAGUAAUAAUGAUAGUGCUAGUGAUUUCACAGCAACAGCAAAUUCUUCUUCACAUUUAAUCUCGCAACAGCAGCAGCACCCUGUAAUGAAACGAUUAAUACCAAAUGAAGCAUCCACUAGUGGAGGGUUAGAAAUCACGAUAUUAGGAUCAAACUUUCGUCCUGGUCUCACUGUCAUGUUUGGCGAUAAACCUGCUACUAACAUACAAUAUUGGUCCACAAAUACUCUUAUAUGUACUUUGCCACCAGCUGCUCAGUCUGGCGCUGUCGUUGUUUCGUUUAAAGAAGCACCACCCAUGGGUAAAAACAACGUGAUGGUAUUCACGUACCUAGUGGAAACGGACCGCGCUUUGAUGGAAUUAGCAUUACAGGUCGUAGGAAUGAAGAUGACAGGUAUUGUUGAGGAUGCAAGGAAGAUUGCUAUGCGUAUAGUUCAAGGCAAUAAUAAUAGUAAUAAUAACGACAAUGAUAACAGUGACAAUAACAGCAGCAAUAACAGCAGCAAUAAUUAG